GUUGCACAUUCCCAAGAUUGUGCCCGUCAGGACGGUCUAAUAAUAGGAGAUUCGAGAGGUACUGAGGUACUUCUCUCUGAUGGUUGCAAUGUUAGCCACAUUAGUCGGGGCAAAGAGGUGGCUGGUCAACUGUGGCUAGUAUUGCCUUUUUCUCAGUGGAGCCUUUUUUCCAAUAUAAAUUCAAUUAUGGGGACUCUAUGGCACGUGACUUCGCCCACCAACCCUAACGAACGAAACCCUUAGCGCGAAAUUCCGGCUGUGCUGCUAUCGGGGACACUCUUUCGUACCCGUUCAAUUUUGCGCCAGAAUAUCAGCAACCCACGACCCAUACAUCCUAGUCCCUCCUCCAUCAAGACAUUGACAGCAAGAGAAGUCGUCAACAUGGUCGCCGCAAAGAAGCACGUCCCGAUUGUCAAGAAGCGAACCAAGAGUUUCAACCGACACCAGAGCGACCGCUUCAAAUGCCUGUCCUCCAGCUGGCGAAAGCCUAAGGGCAUUGACAACCGUGUCCGAAGGCGGUUCAGAGGCAACAUGACCAUGCCCUCAAUCGGCUUCGGCUCCAACAAGAAGACCCGCCACAUGAUUCCCUCGGGCCACAAGGCAUUCCUUGUUAGCAACACCAAGGAUGUUGAGCUGCUGCUCAUGCACAACCGGACUUACGCCGCAGAGAUCGCCCACAACGUUUCGUCAAGAAAGAGAAUCGACAUAAUUGCCCGGGCGAAGCAGCUAGGCGUCAAGGUCACCAACCCGAAGGCCAAGGUUACCACGGAGGUGUAAGGAAAACAAAAUUGGCGAUUCGCGGGUGGUCGAUUAUGGAAGAAAGGGGAAGGGGUUCCGGGUUUCUCGUUUUCGGCACUAUUUGCAUGCAUGGGAAGGGUUUUCGCUCUGCUAUGGUCCACGGACGGUUCGAGCUAGCAUGUAUUGAUUUCGUGCUAAGGAAUGCAACACGCCUUCUGCGAUGACACGUAUUUACGGCCCGGAUGAUCGAUGCCCUUUUCUCGUCUACCUACCUACGAUUUACAUGAACCCCUACGCGGGCACGCGACGUGAGCUCCGAGCUCCAAACUACAGUUACGUUUCCGGUAGCCCGGUGGCGUAGCGAUGUGCGGUGCCAUGCAUGUGAAG